UCUUCCUUCUUCUCAGAACUCUCUCUGAGUCUCUUCCCCCACCUAACCUAACCUCUCUUCUCUCUUCUCUCAUCUUCUUUCCCUCUGUUCACACUCACUCCUCUGAUUUGUUUCAAGAGCUAGCACAAACAGAGGAAAUCAUCUCUGUAGCUCGUGAAACAUCAGUUUUCCUGUGUGUUUGGAGGAGAUCACGAAUCAUCCGGACACAAUGUUGUCGGUGGCUUCUGUUGAAACUCAGAAUCCAGAGCUGUCUUCCUCUCUGGUUUUGCCUCAGAAUCAAACAUCAGAAACUCAUGUUUUUGUGUCCAAACUCCCCGCCAUCCCCAUUUCCAAUCACCUCCCUCUGCACACCUACUGUUUCGAGAAUCUGUCGCAGUAUCCUGAUCGGUCGUGCCUUUUGGUGGGUAGUACCGGGAAGUCCUACUCCUUCGCUGAAACACAUCUCGUUUGCCGGAAGGUCGCCGCUGGUUUAUCCAAUCUCGGAAUCAGGAAGGGCGAUGUCGUCAUGGCGCUCCUCCAGAACUGCGCUGAAUUUGUUUUCACUUUCAUGGGAGCUUCAAUGAUUGGUGCGGUUACCACUACCGCAAAUCCUUUCUGCACCACGAAAGAGAUUUUCAAGCAAUUCAAUGCCUCCAAAUCGAAAGUCAUCAUCACGCAAUCGCAAUACGUCGACAAGCUCCGCGACCCCGGGGAUAGUUCUCUGGUGUUCGGCGAAGACUUUUCCGUUAUCACGAUCGACAGUCCGCCGGAAGGAUGCUUGCAUUUCUCGGUGCUCUCGGAAGCAAACGAGAAUGAAGCGCCGGAAGUGGAAAUCGAUCCGGACGACGCCGUGGCGCUCCCCUUUUCUUCAGGCACCACGGGAUUACCCAAAGGCGUCAUCCUGACUCACAAAAGCCUAAUCACCAGCGUCGCUCAACAAGUCGACGGCGAGAAUCCGAAUCUAUACUUGAAGCCAGACGACGUCGUGCUCUGUGUCCUGCCAUUGUUUCACAUAUACUCAUUGAACUCGGUGCUGUUAUGUUCGUUGAGAGCGGGAGCGCCGGUUCUGCUGAUGCAGAAAUUCGAGAUAGGUUCUCUGCUGGAGCUGAUACAGAGACACCGUGUCUCGGUGGCCGCGGUGGUGCCGCCGUUGGUCCUGGCAUUGGCAAAGAACCCAUUGGUGGAUAACUUCGAUUUAAGCUCGAUCCGGAUGGUGCUGUCGGGUGCCGCGCCGCUGGGCAAGGAGCUGGAGGCGGCACUGCUCAGCCGUGUGCCACAGGCGGUAUUUGGGCAGGGUUAUGGAAUGACGGAGGCUGGACCAGUACUAUCAAUGUCCCCGGCGUUCGCCAAGCAACCAUUGCCUACAAAAUCAGGGUCGUGUGGGAACGUGGUACGCAAUGCUGAACUCAAGGUGGUCGACCCUGAAACCGGCUGCUCCCUCCCCCGCAACCAUCCUGGUGAAAUUUGCAUCCGCGGACCACAGAUCAUGAAAGGAUACUUGAAUGACGCUGAGGCGACUGCUAGAACCAUAGAUGUGGACGGAUGGCUCCAUACCGGUGACAUUGGCUAUGUGGAUGAUGAUGAUGAUGUCUUCAUUGUUGAUAGAGUCAAAGAACUCAUCAAAUUCAAAGGCUUUCAGGUACCACCAGCAGAGCUGGAGGCCCUUCUCAUAAGCCAUCCCAAUAUUGCUGAUGCCGCUGUUGUCCCGCAAAAAGAUGAGGCUGCCGGUGAAGUUCCGGUCGCCUUUGUGGUUCGAUCAAAUGGAUUCGAACUCACAGAGGAAGCUGUCAAAGAAUUCAUCUCCAAACAGGUGGUGUUUUACAAGAGACUGCACAAAGUGUACUUUGUUCAUGCCAUUCCCAAAUCCCCAGCUGGGAAAAUUUUAAGGAAGGAUCUGAGAGCCAAACUGGCAGCAGCAGCACCAUCCUCUACAUCUUAAUUAAUUAGUAUAUUAUCAAUUGAAUUAGUUUUGGAGUUAAUUAUUUUUGUUGGCCUCAAUUUAUUAUUAUGUAUAACGGCGUGCCUUGUGCAUAUAAAUUAAUCUUGUGUGCUACUACAAACUACAUUUUCAUUCUGUAGUGUUUC